GGUCGUACGAUCAUCACAUCACGCUGCAGACGAAAAGCUCUCUUCAUCACUCUCUCUCGGAGUAGAAUGAAACUGUGAGAGAAAGCCCUAAAACCCACCACCGCGAAGAAAGAUGGAUCGUAAGGGAAAGGGAAAACAAAUCGCCGGAGCUGGAUCCUCUUCCGGAAAGAAACGGAAAGGAGGAGGAGGAGUCGAGUUUAGAGACGAAGGCUUGAGGAUUAACAGUAAGCGUAAAAAACCUGGGGUUCUUCAGUUCUUCGAGGAAUCCGCCGAGGUUGGGUACUAUGGAGGUAGCUCCGACGAGGAAUGCGACAUGGAUGAUCUCUUCAACGAUAUGGAAGAUGAGCCUGAGGUAGAGACAAGUGGAAAAGAUGACAAGGGGGGAAAGGGAAAAGGCAGCUCUUCCUUUGUUUUCCCCAAGGAAGAGGAGAUGAAUGAGGAUGACUACGAUAGAAUGAUGGAAGAAAGAUACAAACCUGGUUCUGGGUUUGUUAGAUACGCAGCUGAUGAUGUGAAAAGUUCCAUCGAGAUGGAUGCUCUUGUUCCUACUGCUCAUGAUCCUCCGAUAUGGAAAAUAAAGUGUGCGAUUGGACGGGAGAAGCAUUCAGUCUUCUGUCUCAUGCACAAAUUUGUGGAGCUGAGGAAGAUAGGCACCAAACUAAAGAUCUUGUCUGUCUUCUUUGUGGAGCAUGUCAAGGGGUUUAUCUUCAUAGAAGCUGACAAGGAACAGGAUGUUCUUGAGGCAUGCAUGAGUUUGAACGGAAUCUACGCCACUCGGAUGAUGCUACUUCCUAAAUCUGAAGCUCCACAUCUGCUCACUGUACAAAGAAAAACCAAAACCUUUUCUGAGGGAACAUGGGCUCGUAUUAAGAGUGGUAAAUACAAAGGAGAUCUUGCUCAGGUUGUGGCUGUGAGUGACACUCGGGGAAAAGCUCUGAUAAAGUUGAUUCCAAGGAUUGAUAUAGCGGCACUGACCCAAAAAUAUGGUGGAGGAGUUGCUGUUCAGAAAGGCCUAAACCCAGCUCCAAGAUUGAUCAGUUCAAGCGAGCUUGAGGAGUUCAGACCUAUCAUUCAAGUUAGACGUGAUCGUGACACUGGAAUGACUUUUGAGCAUCUUGAUAGCCUGAUGCUGAAAGAUGGCUUCCUGUACAAAAAAGUAUGCUUGGAUUCACUCACUUCCUGUGGGGUUAAACCGUCAAAGGAGGAGAUACUAAAAUUCACUCCUUUAGAAGAGAAAGAAACUGGUGACGUGGAGUGGAUUUCCGAAAUUUAUGGUGAAGAAAAGAAGAAGAAGAAUAUUCCCGCUGGCAAAGGGGUUGAGAAAGGAGAAGGAUCAGGGGGUGGAAAAGGAGAAGGAUCUUCAGAAUCUCAGUCAGAGAGUAGCCAUGAGUUAUAUAAUCUAGUUUGUUUCAGUCGAAAAGACUUCGGUCUGAUUGUGGGAGUGGAUGACAAAGGCGACGGCUACAAGGUUCUGAAAGAAGGUUCUGAUGGACCUGUUGUAGUCAGUGUUGGAAAAAAGGAGAUGCAGGAACCGUUCGACUCAAAAUUCUCUGCCCUGGAUCUGAAUAACAAACAAAUUUCGAUCGGUGAUGUUGUGAAGAUUGCCAAAGGCCCAUCUGAGGGUAAACAAGGAGUUGUGAGGCAAGUAUACAGAGGGAUUAUAUUUCUUUAUGCUGAGGGUGAGGAAGAAAAUGGUGGAUAUUUGUGUUGCAAAUCACAAUCGUGUGAGAAAGUCAAACUUUUCACUGAAGAAUCCAAUGACAAGACUGGUGGAUUUGACGCUUCUGCUUUUGGAGAUUCUGCAUCCUCUCCUAAAUCGCCAUUAUCUCCUGAAAAAGAGUGGCAGCAGCAGCCCAAGGAGAAAUACAUUAACUCCAACCAGGGAGACAAAGGUAGCAUGUAUUCUAUUGGCCAAAAGCUGAGGAUACGUGUAGGUCCACUGAAGGGGUAUCUCUGCCGUGUAAUAGCGUUGCGUUAUUCAGAUAUUACCGUGAAGCUUGAUUCCCAGCAUAAAAUUUUCACAGGUUUGUUUACAUGUGUUUACACCUUCGAUUCAAUACUUUCUGCUGUGCUUCUGAAUAUUUUUCAAUGGCGUGCUUCAGUUAAAAGUGAGCAUCUUGCUGAGGUUCGUGACAGAAAUACUAUGCCAAGUACGAGUGGGGAUGCUGGGAUGGGUUCCUUUCAACAAUUUGACAUGCUUGGAACAACAGAAGGCAACAAUGGAGACUGGGCAAAAGGAGCAGGCACGUCAGAAGAUAACACUUCAACGUGGGGCAAUACAGCAGCUGAGAACAAACCUGACUCUGCUGGUGAUCAAUCCGGUGGUUGGAAUGCCUGGGGUAAACCACCUGUUCCUGAAGCUAGCACUGUUGGUGCUUGGGGAGAUGCAAGUGCUCCAAAAGUUGAAGCUUCUUGGGGAAAACAAGGAGCUUCAACUUCCAAUGUUGAAGAUUCAGGUUCUUGGGGUAAGCAUGGUGGAAGCUCUGAUGGUAAUAAACAAAACGAUGACUCAGCAUGGGGUAAACUAGUUGAAGAAUCAAGCCAGAAGAAAGAAGAAUCUUCUUGGGGAAAGAAAACGGGAUCUGAUUCUGAUUUGGGAAAAGGAAAUGGAGAAUCUACUUGGGGCAACAAAGAUGGAAAUUCCAGCGCAAGUAACAAAGAGGGAGUUUCCUGGGGGCAACAGGAUAAAGGCUCUGACGGGAACCAGGGAGGAUCAUCGUGGGGUAAGAAGAACAACAGUGUUAAAGAUGACGGAGGCUCAACGUGGGGUAAGAAGGAUGAUGGAGGCUCAACGUGGGGUAAGAAGGACGAUGGAGGAUCUUCAUGGGGCAAAAAGGCUGAUGAUGUUAUUAAGGAUGAUGGAGGAUCAUCUUGGGGCAAAAAGGCUGAGGGUAAUAAGGAUGAUGGAGGAUCAUCUUGGGGCAAAAAGGCUGAGGGUAAUAAGGAUGAUGAAGGAUCAUCUUGGGGCAAAAAGGUUGAGGGUAAUAAGGAUGAUGGAGGAUCAUCUUGGGGUAAAAAAGUUGACGGUAAUACGGAUGAUGGAGGAUCAUCUUGGGGCAAAAAGGCUGACGAUAAGAAUGAAGGAUCGUCUUGGGGUAAAAAGGUUGAGAGUGGAUCUUCUUGGGGGAACAAGGAUGGGGGAUCUUCUUGGGGGAACAAAGAUGGUGGAUCUUCUUGGGCCAAAAAGGACGAUGGGGGGUACUCAGAACAAACAUUUGAUAGGGGAGGACGUGGGUUUGGUGGUAGAAGAGGUGGCGGUCGUCGAGGUGGUAGGGAUCAGUUUGGGAGGGGAAGGUCCUUUGGUCAUUCGGAGGAUCAAGCUCCAUGGAGUAAACCAGGUGGUGGUGGCGGUUCAAGCUGGGGUAAGCAAGACAGUGGUGGAGGCGGUUCAAGCUGGGGUAAAGAUAAUGAUGCUGGUGGUGGAUCUAGCUGGGGCAAGCAGAAUAAUGCUGGUGGUGGCGGCGGUUCAAGCUGGAGUAAAGAUAAUGAUGCUGGUGGUGGAUCUAGCUGGGGCAAGCAGAAUAAUGCUGGUGGUGGCGGUUCAAGCUGGGGUCAAGAGAAGGAUGCUGGUGGUGGAUCGAGCUUGGGAAAGCUCGGCAGUGAUGGCGGAGGCUCUAGCUGGGGGAAGAAAAAUGACACUGGUGGUGGCGGUUCAAGCUGGGGUCAAGACAAUAAUGCUGGUGGUGGAUCAAGCUGGGGGAAGCAAGCCAGUGAUGGGGGAGGCUCUAGCUGGGGGAAGAAAAACGAUGCCGGUGGUGGUGGCGGCGGUUCAAGCUGGGGUAAAGAUAAUGAUGCUGGUGGCGGUUCAAGCUGGGGAAAGCAAGGCAGUGAUGGUGGAGGCUCUAGCUGGGGAAAGAAAAAUGAUGCUGGUGGUGGCGGUUCAAGCUGGGGAAAGCAAGGCAGUGACGGGGGAGGCUCUAGCUGGGGGAAGAAAAGUGAUGGUGGUGGUGGUGGUUCAAGCUGGGGUCAAGAGAAUAAUGCUGGUGGUGGAUCUAGCUGGGGAAAGCAAGGCAGUGACGGCGGAGGCUCUAGCUGGGGGAAGAAAAAUGAUGCUGGUGGUGGCGGCGGUUCAAGCUGGGGUCAACAGGGUGGUGGUGGUGGUUCUGCUUGGGGUAAGCAGAACAACGAUGGUGGUGGAGGACAAAGCUGGUCCAAACAAGAUGAUGGCGGUUCUAAACCGUGGGGAGAACAGAGUGGUGGUCGUGGGUUUGGAGGAAGAAGAGGAGGGGGAUUCCGAGGAGGUUUCCGCGGAGGUAGAAACCAAUCAGGUAGAGAUGGAGGAGGACGCUCGUUUGAAUCAUCUGGCUGGAAGAGAGACAAUCAAGAAAACACCACUUGGAAGAGCAACCAGAGUGGUGGAUCAGACUGGAAAAAAGGAUGGGGAGAGGAUUCAAACAGUGCAAAGCCAUCUGAUUCAUCAUCAGCUGGUGGAAACUGGGGUAGCUGGGAUACUAGUUCCAAGAAAGAAACCAGUGCUGGUGGAGGCUGGGGUGCUAACUCCAAGAAUGAAACCAGUACUGGUGGAGACUGGGGUAGUAACUCAAAGAAAGAAACCAAUGCUGUUGAUGGUGACAAACCAAGCAAUGAAAACAAAGCAGCGGCAGCUUGGGGAACCGCUAACGAUCAGGAGAAUGCAGGAAACAACAAUGAUGGUUGGGGCAAAAAGCCAAGUGAUGAUGUUAAAACGAGUGGAGAAGCUGAUAAUGCUUGGGGAGGCAAGACAAACGCAGGAGCAUCGUCAUCAAGUGGCUCUGCGUGGUGAACCGGAGCCAAAAAAAUCCGGAUGGUAAUAAAAAGUCCUGAAGUGACUUGUAAGUAGGUCUCUCGUUAUCUCUCUAUCUAGUCUAUAAAGCCCAUGUUUAGUUGAAACGCUACGAAGUGUCUCUCUUUUUAGUCCUUUGUUAAUGACCCUCGAGGUUUGAAAACCUCUUAGGUUUGUUUAUGGCCGUGACUAAAGGGUCAUCAAGGACUGGUUAUGUAGGCUCUUUUGACUUUUGUGACAUAUCGGAGUUUCAUUUUCA